AUGCUGCCAUCUAACUUACCGUAUGAAAUUCUUCUCAAGAUCGCAGAACAUUUAUCAAAAGACUUCUCAAGACAAUGCGCACUCGUUUGCAAAUCAUGGACACUACCGUUUCAAGAAGUAUUAUGGGAAAGUCUCAGUAUCGAAAACACUAGCCAACUAAGAAAUAUCUGUAAAUUAUCGAUUCCCGCACAAAGUAUUGUCAGAACCAACGGUCAUCUUGUGCGCCAAAUGUCCUUGAAAUUUCGGCUUGAAAUAUCCUACCAGCAGCUUUUUGUUCUACAGAAUUGUUUCCAAAAUUUAAAUUAUCUUCACAUAAACUGCAGUAUAUUGCCAACAGCUCUUAGCAGUAAUAAAAUUAACUGGAAGCUUUGGGAGAGAUUGGAAACACUGAGUGUACUCCAGCCAAAGUUAUUUGUAACAAACGGACUCCAUGGCUUUGUAAGCAUACUUUCCUUCUAUCCUAAGCUCAAGCAGCUAGUAGUCGAUGAGAAUCUCGGAAUCCAAAUGGCAACAUAUACCUGGAAAGACCUAGAAAUUAUUCUACAGCCUCUUCAGCAUCUACAACAGCUAAAGAUUAACAUCGCUUUUGGACUCAGGGCCAUAGAUAAUACGCCCCUUUCAAAAGACAUCAAUCCGAUCAAUUCCCUUGUACACCUGUGUGUAGCUGUCAGUAAUGCAGACCACAAGUGGCUGUACUACUUUACAGAAAAAGCUCCAAGGAUCCAUACAUUGGACUUAGAUAUCGACUUUCCUGACCUAAGAACGUGUAACCAGUGGUCAAAUAUGCUAGGCAUGAUCACAACCAUGCCCUCCCCGUUUGAGAACCUUCGAACGUUACAAUUAAAAAACUGUGCGACCAGCGAAUAUUAUGUCCCAUUCUUGGAUUUGCUUUGUAGACUAAAAGUACCUCUCACAACACUCACAUAUGAUAUGAGACGCGAUUUUACGACAGUGCAGGCCGUCCAAAGUAUCGUUGAAAAAAGUGGAAGAUUAUUUUCAAAAACUAUGGAAAACAUGAAUAUCAUAUCCAGAUUUUCUGCAAGCUUCAAGUGCACGUUUCCGAUGUGCUUUUAUUUUUUCCCUUGUCUUGUGAGACUACAGCUGCGCCAAAUCAAAGCCUGCAUUGUUUUGGACGAUAUUUUGAAUCAAUGCCCUGCUUUAAAGGACUUGAUACUCGACCAGCCAUGUGUUACAGUCAGCACCCGUACCCGUACCAGUACCGCUUUCUCUUCACAUGGGCUAAAGACCGCAUCACUCACAAACACAAAUGUUAACUCAAAACUGUUUAAUUAUGUUUCCUUACGUUGCAGAAAACUGUUGAAGAUGAGACUUGAGAACGUAAAGGUUUUUGGACACAUCGAAGAAGGAAAGGAAAAUUCUUUUGAGUGCGACAUGUCUCACACCCAGAUUGAUUCCUUGUUUUUGUAUAAUGUACGAUAUUAUGCACUGCACAACAAAGAUGUUUUAGAGCGUAAUUACCGCCAAAACGCUCACAAUACGUAUCAAGUGAAAGAUGCUACAAUAAUAAGUAUAAUGGAAUUUGAGCCGAAUAAGCCUGAAAUGGAUGCAAACGCUGAUAUUCUGCAAACGACUACAAAAUCACCACGCUUUUUCAACUGCUCUAAUACAAUCGCAGAAAAUGAGCUCGCAGAAGAUCAACUCGUAAAAGAGAACGACCGAGAGCUCCUAAAUUUGGAUGCACAUCUUGAAAGCUUCCUGACAUGGAAGCCUGAUUCCGAAAAGAACCCGCGUGUAUUAUAUAAAGAAAACUCUUAUUCGAUAAUUCUGCAUAGCAAAAGAGAAGCAGCGCAAGAUCCAGAAGCGACUCCUGUCCCAGCAGCCUCAUCUAGACUCGAAGAGAUCCAUGCCACCUUUGAAUUAAUUUGUAACAAAACACAACCGUCAAAAAAAAACUCGAGCAAGACGUCCUUAUUCGAAGUGAAUAAGCUCGUCACUAUAAAGAAUUAUUACAGACGCCUUUUGGAAAGCCCUGGAAAAAUUAAAGCAUCUGCAAGAGCAGCCGAAAUCAUUUGGAAAUCACCUUCCAAGUACCGUGGAGAAACAGCCCGUGCUUAG